CUUAUCAAGCAUUGCAAUCGGUGCACGUUUUCUUGCUGGUAUCCUUUGAACCACUUUGAACUAUAGUUUUUCGCGGCCAUUGUGUAAUUUUUUUACGUUCUCAUUAAUUAAGUUCAAAUAUGAUCGAACAACAGAGACAGCGCAUUGAACGUGCGGUUACAGAGAUGGUGGAUGAUAUGGAUAAAACUCAUUUACGUAAAAUGCAGACAGACAUGCAUUUAUGUGCUGCUAAAUGCUGCCAGGAUAUGAAUGCUAGCAUUGACAGUGUUCAGAGAUGUGUGGACAGAUGCUCGGCACCGCUGACACGGGCACAAAAUUAUGUUCAGCAUGAGUUGGGUGAAUUUCAGGGGCGCCUCCAACGCUGUGUUAUGCAAUGUAAUGAUGAUGUCAAGGUAAAAAUGCCGGCUAAUCCCUCGGAAGCGGAAAUUGCCAAAUAUACUGACCAAUUUGAACGAUGCGCUAUUCAGUGUGUGGACAAGCAUGUUGGUCUUAUUCCUACCAUGAUGAAAACAAUAAAAUCCGUUUUGGCGAAAGGUCCAGAAACCAUUCCUCAAGUUUAAAAGCCAACAAAUAUAAGCACAUCUCUUAGUGGAAAGAUAGAUUCAUCAUACAGAUAAAUGCUCUAGCCAGAAAAAAAAGAGUAUGAGCACUCAUUUUGUAUCUAAGUUAUUUAAAACUUUUAAACGUUUUUGCAUAAAUCAGAUCGCACAUCAGCAACAACUGUUUUGUUUGUUAGAAAGAAUUGGGAGGAGUAAUAAAAAAAGCAUUUAAAAUUUUA